UAGGACUUGGUCCACAUAACCUCGUGUUAGAGUAUAACAGUAACUUCUCCAUUAUUAUUGCAAAUCUAAAUCCAUAUUUGGAGGUGGAACAGGUUUUUGUGAUCUGCAAGUUUGACAUUUUCAACUCUUUCAACAAUUGAUUCCAAUUGCAUUCAUUUAUUUUCUCUCUCUCACGUUGGCGUGGAAAGAAGGGGAGUUUCAGCUUGCUGUCUGGGACUAAAAGUGGGAGUGUGUGGGUGUCUCUCUGGAGGAGGGAAUGUCAGGGAAGGUGUGCAGCAGUAACAGUGUGGUGCAGGCACGGCGGACUGUGGAACAACUACGAGUGGAGGCAAGCAUGGAGAGGAUCAAGAUCUCCACAGCAGCUGCCCAGCUGGUGCAGUACUGUCAGGAGCACAGUCGCAGUGACCCCCUCCUCACCGGCAUCUCUGCCUCCUCCAACCCCUUCAAAGACAAGAAGACCUGUGUCCUGCUGUAGAAAGGCUGCCUCAGGACACUGCUCUGGUGCUGCAUUCAACAGUGCUUCAUCAUCAACAACAGUGAAACGUUUUGAUGCCAGGCUACUUCAACAUGUCCUACUUCAUCAUGUCAGACAUUAAUGUGUUGGCUAAAGCAGAAACAGACUGGUUGGUACAGUAAUGGUCAUACUGUAAUUUCAACAAAUGGCUUGCAGUCCAGAGUGUCUCAAUAACAAAGGAGAGCAAACCGUUUAUCUUCUUCUUGAUAUUACAGAACGACAGGGUACACUUGUAAACAAUUAAUUGAUUGAGUGUACACAUUUUAUUCAUAACAAAAGAAAUCACACAUAGCAUAUUCACAAAAGCAUAUUUACAAAAUCUGAAUCAUUUGGUUAUUUUUAUGCAGUCAGAGGGCUCUCUUGCAGCAGGUGAAGUCUGGUCUCAGAUAAGGAGUUAGCAACAAUCAAUCUCCAUGCCAACGAGAGCAGCAUAGACACUGUAGCCUCAGACUGUAUCAGUGUGUGUAACAACAAUAACUUGUAAGAAAUAAUGAGUGAACAAUGCAGUACUAUUGGGUUUUGGACUCUAACGAGCCACUGGAGCGAGGUUGAUGCUGGGACGCUACAGAUUCAAAUCAACGUUUAUUCGUCACGUGUGCAGGAUACAGCGGGUGUAACUGUACAGUGAAAUGCUUACUUACCAGCUUUCCUCAACAGUGCAGAAUCAAAUAAAAAAAUAAAAAGAGCAUUCCGUAACAUGGUAAGAGUUGGUAAAGUAGUUACCCUAAGAGAGAACGACAACGAGGAAGAACUCCAAACAGUGGAAUUGACAAACAAGUGGUGUGGUACUGAGUAUAAGCACGC